AUCCAAGGCAAGUAUGUCAUAUAGUGAAAUGGUGAAAACGUUAUUGUCAUAGGGCACUUGAAGGGAGUAAUACAAGGAUUGUGUGCAGAGAGAAGCAGCUCAUAGUGGCACACUUCUGUUAUUACGGUGCACGUUUUUCAUUUAGUUUGCACACUAGACACACAAGAAAUAUUUCUUUAAAUUUAACAUUUUAUUCUAUUACUAUUUUCAUCUACUAUAGUUAUACCUGAUCUAAAAACAAAGCUACAACAUAUCCAUUAUUUAUCUCUUCUUGCUGUACUCAGUUCUGACCACUAGAGGCCGCCACCUGCGCUCAGCAUAUCUGGUCGUCAUGGAAACUCAGAGAGCGCACUUGUUUAGCAAAUGGCUAAAUCAGAGUUACUGGUCACAGACUCAGUAGUUAGGGCUUUAUAUGGCGGUGGGACUUCUUUAACUUUAAGUUCUAAGAAAUUAAAAGAUGUCCCCAAGUGUGUUUCCAGACUGACAAACCUGUCAGUCCUCCUGUUGAACAACAACUCCAUCAGCGGCCUCCCCGCCGAGCUGCUCUCCCUACAGCGACUGGCUGAACUGAAUUUGGGGAAUAAUGCUCUGAAGGAGGUCCCCGCUGUUCUGGGCCAUCUGGAGUCCUUGAAGAAGCUGUACCUGUUCAGCAACCAAAUUACUGUGGUGCCACCUGAUGUGAUAGGUGGCUUAUCUAACCUCGUUGUCCUCAAUCUGAACCACAACCAGAUCCAAAUACUUCCUCCAGAGAUUAAAAACUUGAGUAAACUUCAACAUCUCAGUGUGAUGGACAAUAAACUGGAGGAAGUUCCUGUUGAGCUUGGUCAUCUCACAAGGCUGUCUGAGAUAAACCUGACUUCCAAUAAGCUGUCUUGGCUUCCUCAUCAGUUGUGCCAGUGUAAAGAACUGACAAAGUUGUACGCAGCCAGAAACAAUCUGACCAGCCUGCCAGAGGGAAUUGCAGCAUUGACUAAACUUCAAGCGCUGGAUGUGGCUGGGAACAAGCUCUCCAUGUUCCCUGUUGAGUUUCACCGGCUGCCCUUGAAGGAGCUUUACUGCGAAGGCAACAGGUUUGUGCAGUGUGAGCCGAUGGCAGCAGUGCAGAACGCUGAAGUACUCACGUUAAAGGAACUGGUUGCCAGGUUUGUUUUGCAGGAGGACAGGAACAAGUUCUCCCUGAUCCACAUGAUGCUUCCCUACUACCCAGACCUGGCGAGCAUGUUGGCCAACAGCAGCUGUUGCGCUGUCUGCCUGGGUCCCUUCCUCACCACCUGGCUGGAGUGUGUGCAUUUCAUCCGUCUGAAGAAGGAAAUCAAAAUGAAGAGUUUGCUGACUAUUCCAGUGCGGGCGCUUCUUUGUUCAUACAAGUGCUUUAAUGCCGAGGGACACUCCUACUAUGGUGUUGGUACCAGAUAAAGUUCAAUAAAAGGUACAAGUCAUGAUCUCAAUCUCAACUAUUUCAUGUUUCUUAAAGUUAAAACUGUGGCUGCAGAUCAGCUCAUGGGUUUAUUUAUUAUCGUAUUUUUACAUCACUCUAUCGGCACUUACUCAUUACUUCUUCCAUCACUGUUCAUUUUCCAGGGUUAAAGUAACAUUUUGAGGGCUUUGUCUUACACAUGUUUUAUAAAGUUUAGCCACUGGGUGGCAGCAAAUGAACACAGUAAUUUGUACAACUGGUGGGACCCUGUUUCAGAGCUUAACACAUGUCGCAAAAGAUGUAUAAAUGAAUAUAGAGAGAAUGUAUGGGAACAAAUAUUGCCCCAACUUUUGUAUGUCCCAGUGCAUAAAAACUUAUAGUUUACUAUU